AUGGUUUGGAUAUCAACCUCGGGUUCCUUCGAGUCAAGGUACGAAGCCAGAACAUACGUCUUCAGGAUCAUCAAGCCCAUGACUCCAGAACAGACCCCGACUCCGAACAAAAUCGAGAAAAUAUUAUCGGACAGAAUAACGGAAGGCCGAAAUAUCCGACUUCCAAGAAAUAAGUAUGGUAAGGAUAGUAUAUUUGUGGUGGUAGAUGGAUUUUCAAGAAUGACUCGUCUUAUUCCAUGCUUGAAGGCUAAUGAUGCAUUACAUGUGGAUGAAUUAUUUGUGAAGAACAUUUUCCCAUGGAAUAAGGUUGAAAUGAUGAAAAAGACUCAUGAACAUACCAGGCCUGCAAUUGAACAGAAGAACGAACAAGAUGCCUUAAGAAGAAAUAAGGGGCAAAAAUAUGUUAUUUUUAAGCCUGGAGAUUUAGUUUGGGUGCUUUUUAGGAAGGAAAGAUUUCCCGCCAAGCGAAGAUCCAAAUUAGAUCCAAGAGGAGAUGGGCCAUUUGAAGUCCUUGAAAGGAUUGGAGACAAUGCUUACAAACUUGACCUUCCUAGUGAACAUCAAGUAAGUGCUACCUUCAAUAUUCCUGAUCUUUCCUUGUUUGAUGCAACUCAAAUUUGA